AUGAAUGAACCGGAGUAUACGCUACCGGGCGUGAUGAGGUUUCUGCAGACCGAAUGGCAGCGGAACGAACGCGACAGGAUUCAAUGGGACAUCGAGCGGGCCGAGAUGAAGAGCCGCAUCGCGAAAUUGGAGGGGGAAAAGCAGGAGCUGUUGGCUCGAUCUGACGGCUACGAAAAGGCGUCUGCGAAAACCAAAAAGCAGCUGUCCAGCGGACUGCCUGUGGAAUUGCCGUCUAAUCUGGAAAGCGAGGCGUUUGAGAAGCUUGUGGACGGUAAACAGCAGUUGUCAAAGUGUGUGGGUGAAAUCCGCUAUUUAUUAGAACAAAGUGGUUUAUCUCUGGAAGAUACACCAUCUUUUAGGGACGAGAUUGAGUUUCAAACGGCACGGCGUCAAAAAUUUGGCGCAAAGUCCUAUUUGCACAGCACGUUGGCCAACUACGCGACGGCUUUUCCUGCUUUGGUGUUUUUGAGUGAAAUGGUGCUGGUGCUGGGCACGGUCGACGGUCAAUUGUUGGUUGUCGACCUUGAGUCGCCUGCAAACUCGCCGCCGACUUACUCUUACAGGGUCUUUGAGGGCUCUGUCACGACGAUGCGUUGUGAUGUGGAGGAUCGAGUUUUGUAUGCUUGCGACGACAAGGGUACCUUGGCUAUUUUCAAGUACGAGCCCGAAUACAAAACCCUGUGUUUAAUGAACAGCUUGGAAGCUCAUUCGGCAAGCAUCGUGUCUGUCACUCUGUCAACAACCCACAGCUUGUUUGUCACUGCAUCGCUUGAUGGAACAUGUAGCGUGUGGAAGCUAUCAAAACUAGGUGAAAAUGAGGCCAGUGUUUCCAACUGCCGCACCGCAUCAAUGCGAUUCUAUCCCGAAAGCUUAGCUAUCAACCCUACUGCGGUGUGGUUCAGCGACGACGCGUUUACAGCUGCGUUGCCCACUAACCAAAUUAUCAUCGGGUACAGCGACUCCAGUAUUGUUGUUGCCGACGCAGUUUCCGGCCAGAUGGUCAAACGCAUGUACUCUCCGCCUUCGUCAAUCCUACUUGAGCGGGCCGCGCCAAGCAUCACGGCGAUCGUCAGUUACGGUGUGCCCAACGGCGACAAGCUCCUCCUCACAGCACAUGCGACUGGAAUGUUGAGAAUAUGGAACGUUCGCAUGGGCACGAUGGUUGAGGAGGUUGAGGCGGCCCACCGCAAGCCCAUCACGUCGGUAUCACUCUCGCCUCGUAAAGAUGCGCUGGUGGUUACAAGCGAAGACGGCCACGUCUCCUUGUGGACUUUGCAGCUGGGAGGUGUCACCUGGAAAGGGCAGCUACUAAGUCACGACUCGCUAGAAGCCGGCGGUGCAUUGUCGAGCGGAUGGUUUGGCGAUAUGCUGGCGAUCGGCGGGUCGGACGAGAUCGCUCGAGUGUACAAUAUGGCGGCAUUUUAG